CCGGCAACAACUGCUGGUUACACUGCAGUCUGAAGAAUUUAGCGUGCGACCUGGCAGGGCCGCUUUGCUCCGUCGCAGCUCAUCUGAGCUACCGAUUGGCUCAAGCCCGCCCUCUAUCAACAGUUGCGACUGGCUGGGCCCUGACCUCGCUUAGCUUCCGUCCCUGGCGCAUGAAACUAGCGGUGGGAAGCUACAUGGUGCUGGAGUCAGCCCGGCCCAUCAUCCAGAGCUUUGCAGCCUCGGUCUUUGCUUUCGAGGUCACCUGUGCGAGUGGGUACCGGUCAGGCCUCUCUUUCAACAUCGUGCAGCUUGACAGCCUGGCUCAGUGCUUUGUGGCACAAACCCUGCGUGCGCCUUGCACAUACCGUGUCGCGAAGAACCAACACGACCGGAGAAUUAUAUAUAUCGGAACCUAAGACACAAUGCCGGCCAAUACUGAGGCGAACGGGGCGGAAGUCUCAGACGCACAGUCAGACAAUGAACACGAGUAUAACGGCCACGAUCAUUCUAGAGGCGAAGAAGACGACGACGACAGAAUGGCUGGACACCAAGGCUCGCCAGACCCUGGUAACGAGAACGGGGCCGAGGCCAAGAAGAAAUAUGACCCAAAAGAUCCCCACCGACCACGGCGGAAGAAGGCAAGGCGCGCCUGCUAUGCCUGCCAAAGGGCGCAUCUGACAUGUGGAGACGAGAGGCCGUGCCAGAGGUGCAUCAAGCGUGGGCUUGCCGAUGCCUGCCAGGAUGGCGUCCGGAAAAAGGCCAAGUACCUACAUGAUGCGCCGCCGGAAGCGCUGAGGCCUGUCUUGGGUCCUACUUACAACCCCAGCGCGGCAGCUAAGCCGCAAAAUGGGAGGCACCCAUCGAACGCGACUGACACCAGCUACUACUCUCAACAAAGCGGCACUACACAGUCAUUUCCCAUGUUUACUCCAUCAGCGACGAGCCAGGUCGGAGGUUUACCAGAGAACAUGUCAUUCAACCAGCAGUCGCCAGUGUCUCCUACAUUUCAGAGCACGACAGACGGACACUCCGUGCUGGGAAGUAUGUCGGCACCGCCGCCGCCAGUCUCGGCAGAAGUCUCGAACAAUGGGUUUGGAGUUAGUGCACUCUUCGAUCCCAGCAAUCCCGCAUUGUACAACUUCGACCUUGAGGCAUUGAACUUUGGCAACCAGUACGGAGCCAUGGAGUUUGGUAUUCUGAACCAGAUGUCCAAUGGAGCAGCGGAGACACCGCCCCGCGAAGGGUCCAUGUCUCAACCUGCGAAGACGGACGCCUCCUACGGCCCCAUCUUUAGUAAUGGCGGAGGCUAUAAUAUGUACGACAACAGCUUGGGCGACAACUUCCUCAACCUGGACCAGUCGUUCUCGCAGAACAACCUCCAGCAUGGAUUACCUCACGCAUUUGCGGUUGCAGCUGCUGGCCCUACACCCAACAGCCUGAACAGUCCUGGGACGGACAAUACUGCGAGUCCACAGGCAACACCGACGGGAUUCGGGUUCGAGAAGUCCCCGAAGACCACAGGGUUCCCCUCUGUCGGGAUACACCCGGCGCCACAAGCAGGGCGGUCCAAGCACAAGAACGCAAAUGGCACCAAGGAGAAGAUUAGCACGCAAGCUUUGCUAGGCAAGCGACAGAGAGAUCCGUCGUCUAUCUACGAGACAGUCAAGGAGCCAUAUCCAUACCUGACUGGAUUCCACAACCUCAUCGCACUUGUGCAGCGCAGAUUUUCUGCGAACAAGACGCUGCGCAUUGCGAAGUCCCUGGCAAGCAUCAGACCAUCAUUUAUUGCGACGACGAGGACUCUGAACAGGCAGGAUCUCAUCUUCAUGGAGAAGUGCCUGCAGAGGACCCUGUUUGAGUACGAAGACUUCAUGGGCCACUGCGCUGCACCGACGAUAGUAUGCCGCCGAACAGGCGAGGUCGCCGCCGUGAACAAGGAGUUCAUCGCGCUUACUGGCUGGACGAAGGACGUGCUCCUGGGCAAGGAAGCCAACCGCAACGUGAACCUCGGUGGGGACUCUUCCUCACCCCAGAGUCUUGGCAAUUCGGGAAAAGCCGGGUUGUCCACUCCACGCCUCAAGGGUGCACAGCCAGACACGACGGACACGAAAGGUCUUGCGGCGGCAGGUGGUGCGAACACCGAUGGGGCCUCCUCGGCUCAGCCCGUCUUCAUUGCCGAGUUUAUGGACGAUGACAGCGUGGUGCAGUUCUAUGAGGACUUUGCAUCUCUCGCGUUCGGAGAUAGCCGGGGCCACGUGACGCGAAAGUGCCGCCUGCUCAAGUACAGGACCAAGGAGAUGACCGAAAGCCUGGCAUCGUUUGAGGACAAGGCGUCGCAUCAGCAGCAACAACAUCAGGCAAAGGAUCCACGGGCAAGUAUCCUCAGCAACCGUGUCUCGCGAAUCGAUGGUGAGCACGGCAUCUCGAAGCUGGAAAAGGACGGCAAGAUGGACUGCACAUUCUGCUGGACCAUCAAGCGUGAUGUGUUUGACAUUCCAAUGCUUAUCGUGAUGAAUUUUCUUCCGUGUUAUUAUCGGAACCAGGACCAACUUGCCGUCUAGGCCAGCUUUUGGUCGGGGGUUUUCAAAUGCAGCAGCAGCCUUUCUGCGAAAUGACACACGCAUGCUUGAUUUUGAUUUUGAGUUUUUUGUUCUUCCCUUUCCCCCCAAAGUACAUAUUCAUUAUACCCGCCGAUCGAGCAGCUCGAAUACCGCCAAAUCGUGCAUUUUGCUCUCGGGUUUCGUCUUCGCAUUCUCGGAUUUUGACUUGAGGGACUGGGGUCCUCUCGAGGUUGGGUUUUUCAAUUGGUCUCGUCAGAAUGAGAAGGGGUACUACUGCAUCAGAGGAACAGAAGAUGGGCUGUGGCAAAAAGGGGGCCGGA